CAUGCACCUGUCGAGCUCCCGCAGUCGUGUGCUCUCAUCCUAUCCGCCUCCACUGCCAAGAUGCAUUGUUUCAUUUGCGUCACGUACGUGAUCAUCCUCUGUAGUGCCAGGCCCCCAGAAACAAAGGACUUAGCGUCCAGACAACAAGAAAGAUCGCUCUUCCGCGAUGUCAUAGAAUCCCUCAGAAUCCGUACUCAUUUACCAGAAGACGCAAACCAAAACGAAGAGAAUAAUCUAUAUCAGAAUGAUGAGAGAUACUAUGAAAAUGAUCAAUCACACUUACCAAGCGAUGCAGACUUCAUUCCCAGACGAAAUGAUAGAAUAGAAAUGCCAACGCUCAAAUAUAGGUUUCCAAAGAGUCUUGAAAAUAAUACUGAAGAAGAAAAAGAUUUAAAUCAUGAGGUAGUAGUUUACAUAGAAACGACUACUGAGACCAAGCCGACUAAAAAACCUCACAAACGGCCAAUAAAACUUAAAGAGCAUGAAACUAAAGAAAAUGAAACUACAGUAAGUCAAAAUCCAUUGAUAUUACCAAUACCAUUUACCAACACGAUGGGUGGCAGUAGCCAAAUAGGACACAGAGAAUCUCAAACUGUUAUAAAACCGACAGUUAUAGUUAACCUACGAGGUACAGUUAGUCACAGAGAUAGUGAUGUAAGACUUCAAAAGAGACAAAAUUAUACAAUUCCAGAUUUGGGACCAAGCGUUUUUAAUGUAAAGCAAGAGAUAAAUUUGUAUAGAAAUGAUGCUAAAAAUGAUAACGACCAAAAUGGACCUAAAACUGUGAAACAAGAAGUAAAAAUAACUGAAAAAGAUAUUAAAAAAUAUGUAAAGAAAGAUGAGGACAUGUUGAUGUGUGAGUCAGCUGGUCCAAAGUCGCAAAAAGGUCGCAAUAUGGAUGUAUUGCAAAUCUUAUUGUCUAUUUAACUUUGAGCUUAUAUAUGUUUAAGGAAUUGUGAUUGUAAGUUAAUUUUAUUAGUUUGGUCCUCAAAACA